GAUUGCGCGCCGUUUGUUGUUUUAUCAUUACCGUUAUUAAUUCGCAAAAUUGAAAAAAAAAACAGCCCAACGCGCGUUAUUUAUUGUUGUUUUGUGUGUGUGCCAAAUCGAAAUUGGAGUUUUAUCAAAAUAAUCUAAUUUAUUGCUGCAAAGAAGUGUCGAAAAGUAAACCGAAUCCCCGUAAAAAAAGCAGCAAAAACAACACGUAAAUCGAGUCUCGCUAAUUGGUGACAUAAUUUUUCAUAACUGGCAAAAGAAAUAUAAAAAAAAAGCCGACACAUAAUUGAAUUUUAGCUCUGGUCAAGUACCGAGCGCGACUUGAACUAAUUUGAUGUGACGAGGUUUAAUUUUUGUGUUAUUUUUUGCGCGCUUUGUGCCGUUAAUUGAGGCCACUUCACUAAAUAAUUCAAAUAGCAAUUUAUGUCUAGCCGUGUGUCCACUGUACUUGUCUCUCACAAUGUGGACCAGAAAAGCCGCUGAAUGUGAAAUGUGCCGCCACGUUUGCUGGCAAAUGUGCGUCUUGUUGUCGUUCAUGUUGUUGGGGGCGGCAUUGGGUGCCACGCCCUUUGCCAAGGAAUAUCGGAGCGCGGGUCUGUUUAAAGGCAACACGCUAAUCGAUAUGGAAUUGGAUGCAGCCACAACACUGGACAUGGGCGUCGAGAAGCUAUCGAGCAGCAGCGGAGUAGUUGGAGAAGUAUCAAGUUCGGGUGCGGAUAAUAUCCUGGGCUUCAAGGCGGAAUCUUCGGUGGUGUUGCCGGGCGUGCAGCUUAAUGCAGGCUGUCCGGCGACGACGAGUUCGCACUGUCUGCGCUGCAACAAGGCGGGCUGCAUCAAGUGUCCACUGUACCUGGUAACGGAUACCCGACAAUGUGUGGAGGAAUGCCCCGCGGGCUAUCUGGAUCAAUGGUCCGCACACACAGAGUUCAUGGGUCGCGUCUGUGUGCCAACUGGCUACUCUGGACCGCUGAUGGCGGCACUAGCGGGUCUCCUGGGCGGCUUUCUGGUGUGCCUCUCGCUGCUGGCCGUCGCCGUGAUGCUGGUGCGGCGCAAGCGACGGCGCAAGUCCGUCAAGCAGAAGCUCAUCAAUGAGAACACCAUGGAUCGGGCAGAUUUCAUGCGCCAACUGAACGAGAUGCGUCCAAAUGCCGAGUAUUUUCUGGCCAUGCUGAAUGACACGCGCCGCCAAAUACGCAAGCUCUAUUUGUCCGGCGAGGUGGCGGCGGCCAACUCGUACCGGCCCAUCGUGCGGGAUCUGGCCAAGCUGCUCAUCCUGCUAAACAGGCCCAUUGAGCUGAUACCGACGCAACCGCCGCACGAUUGGCCGCGUCUAUAUGCGUGGUCGGAGCAGGCGCUGGAGCGCUACAAGCCGCAGGUGGGCCAGCUGAUUGACUUCUUUCAAGCCAGCCAUGCUGGCAGGCCCGAUGUGCUCUAUGCGGCGCCCGCCAAGAAACAGCCAGGUCACAGCAUCUACAGGCAGCAGCAUCAGCAGCAGGGUGCGACGACGACGCCCAGUCAUAAUAAGCUGGGCGGAGAUCUGCUGCCAGGUGAUCGCAGCAGCAGCGCCUCGGCGCAGCAGAAGCUGCACCUGUUCGGCUCGCUAAUUAGCUUGCACGAGUUCGAGGAGCCGCGCGCCUCUGAUCCAUUUGGCAGCAGCUUCAACACGCUGAAGAGCGGUAAUCUCAUCACGGAUCUCAAUGCCAGCUCGCUCUGGCUGGAGGAUGAGUUCUACAAACUGGGCUUUCGGCCGCAGGACGAGAUCACGACUGAGCUCUAGUUAGGCUGCCUUUUAACGAUGUCGGGCAAGAGGAAGAGUAUUAUCUUAGACACAGCUGGCCACGCUACACGUCACCAAGUGCAGCGCGAAUCCAGCCCGGAGUUGAGCACAUUCCGUCAGGCCAUCAACAAACUGAGACGCACAUUUAGACAUCGAGUCGCUAAGUGUUUACGUUUAGUUUAGUUUAGUUUAAUCUAGCUUAGCUUUAGUUAGUUUAUCUAGACUCUAGAGAGCGAACUAGUCAUGUAAAAUCACAAACACAAAAACAAAAAAAUGAAAAUGAAAAUCGAUAAAUGAAUUUUUUUUAAUUUUAUGGAUUUUACAAAAAUCGCAACAUGUAACCGAACAAUAUUCGAUAUAGUGCCUACCACAUAGAAAGCUACAUACAUAUAUGAUAUUUAUAGCAAUAGCUUAUGGAGACGGAGAUUAUAAUGCUUAGUGAAAAACAAUCUAUAAUGAACAAUAAAAUCAAGUGCCUAUAA